UACAGACUCACGAAGAGCGGCGUUCUCCUUGGCGAGAGAAAUUACCUGCUGUUGUCCGAAUUCCAAACUCUCUCGGAUGGCUUGGAAUUCCUUGUGGAGCACCUCGACAAGUGCGAGGCGGCCAUCCAAACAAGUCAGCCUCUUGUCAAUGGAAUCCAGGAUGUCGGUGAAGUUUGUACCCGGCGGUGACACAUGGCCAGAAGCAUGGUGUCCACUUCAUUGGGAAGACGUCUGGUGGCGUGUCUUCUCAAUGUCUCUGAAGCUCAGAGGAAAGACCUGCUGGACACGGUGGCUAUGGCUGCACUGUACAACUCUCAAGGUGUAAGAAGAGAGGAAACUACUGUACUGAACAUCUUCCAUGAUUUGGACUACAGCCGUUCUGUCAUCACCAUCGUAGCCAGUAUCCAGUCCAUCAGGGAGGCGGUUCUAUCUGCCUGUGAAAAAGCGUGUCAGCUGUUUGACAUGAACACACACUCGGGUGUCCAUCCGUGUUUGGGUGCUGUGGACCUCAUACCUAUCUACCCCCUGGGGGAGGACGUGGGUGUCCACCACUGUGCUAACGAGGCUCAGGCUGUUGCUGAGGAACUGACCAAGCGAGUCCAAGGAACGAGUGUUUUCCUCUUUGGCUGGGCAGACGAGCCACUUCAGCGCGGCCUGGCGCAAAGGAGAAGGGAGAUGGGAUGGUUCAAGAAGACUUUGGACUUGAGUAGCAUCAAACCUGAUAUGGGACCUAUACCACAGAAAGCCUUUGGCCUCACAGGUGUUGGUGCCAGUCCUUACGUCAUGAACUGCAACGUCACUAUUGACACCAAAGAAUUAAGAAUAGGACAAAACAUUGCUGUGGCUAUUCGGGAGUCAACAGCAGGGGGCCUUCCAGGUGUGCAAGUUCUGGCCCUGCCUCACGAAGGGGCUGUAGAAAUUGCCUGCAAUGUGGAAAGCGUGCGGGGAAGUCCACCUUGCCAAAUGACGACAACAACAAAAUGGCCAACGUUCAGUAUUGGAGGUGAAGCAUACUUUCAUGUCCCAGCUUCUCUCAUCACUGCCAGGGUUGCAGAUCUGGCAUGUAGGCAUGGCGUUGGCAUAAAGGGCACUGCCUUGGUGGGGUUUACUCCCCAUGAGUGCAAAGGUUUGGCAGAGUUGGCUCUGUCUCUAGGGAUUGCAGACUUUUGGAGACAGCAACAUAGGAUGUGCAUGUGAAAAUAAUUUCUUGGCACAGGACAUGUUUUUUGUUCUGUUAAAACAUCAGACCAAUUUAUUCUGUUGUCAUCUUUACUGACAACUGCUCAAAUCUGGCAACAUUUUAAUAGUGUGCAUAGAACGAAUUAUACCUAAGUGUAAAAUGUUCAUAAUGAAAUUAAACUGAGGUGUGUUUAUAGUUUGAAUUGUCUUGUUUUGAGCACAGAGUAGACAAUACUUUUUUUUGCGUAAAGUGAAGGUCUAUUACACGAUCUAAUAUGGACAAAAGUCGUCAUUUCCCAGUGUGUUUUGACACGCAUUAAGCUGACUUUAUAGUAUUGUAACUUAUCUGUGUAUCAAUAUAGACAUGCCGGAUAGUGAUAUAUUAGAUGUAAAUUUAUGUGUACAUCAUACUUAAUGUGCAUCAAUAUAGUGAUAUAUUACAUGUAUACAUUAUACUUAAUUAUUUAAAAUUAUUAAAAAAAUCAAUAAAGUGAUAUACAGUAUGUACAACGAUGUGUACAUUAUAUGUAAAAACAGCAUUCAUUAAGGAGGAUAUUGUUUUAAUCAUGUGUGCCUGUUUUAAGGCACAUGCAUGCAUCAUCUGCCACUAGAUAAAAUAAAAUAAACAUCACUCACUUCACUUCUUGUUCUGUCGUUAAAUAAGGUGCAAAA